AUGAGUGGCAGUCUGACCAUCAGACCCAGUAACCCAAGCAGCCACAGGCAGGGCGAUACGAGGGUUUUGCUGAGCCAUCCGUCAAAUUCUCAACUCCGCCGCUGGCAGUACCGCGAGAUUAUCAACCACAGGGUCAUGGAAUUCACGCACAAUGGCUUCAAUUCACUCGCCAGACCCAAGUAUCAUAUUCGAGAGAUAUGGAAACUGGGCUACGCUUGCACCUCCGAAUUCCUCUACGAUGAGUCUACCACCGCGGAACGCAUUAUCGGCUAG